CAUACUAUAGUGGGUCCAUCAUCCCUGAUAUCUAUCGGGUUAAAACUUGUUUUCGAAAGUUGUAGCCGACGUUUUAAUAAAUAAAAUAAAAAGUUGUAGCCGACAUAGGUUCUCCAUCGGCUUGCCACGUGAGCGCGUUCCUUCUUUGCACGCUUAUUGGACACGUCAUGCAGAUUUGCUGACUCUUCUUCAAAAAAAAACAAAAAACCCAGGAAAAAAAGAAAAAUGUUUUGAAAACUUUUGUCCCAAGUAUUUAUUUUAUUUUAAAUUAAUUAUUUGGUUUUCCCAUCUCACUCCCCCCACUUGGAAAACCUUCUUUCUCAACUGCCACCACCGAGACCGAGAAGACUGAGAGAGACAAAAAGAGUCGGAGAGAGUUUUGAAUUUGGUGAAAUUCUGUUGCUGUAGAUUAGAUAUAGAUAGAUUCCUAUUGAUCCCAAACCUAAUUUUCGAAUUUUGAAAUCAAAACUCCAAUUCCAUUUUCUCUGCGAAUUUUUUUUUUCAAUUUAAAUUUAAAUUUAUUAUCACGUUGGACGAUUCGAAUUCCAAUUUAUAGCGGUUUAUUUGGAGUUCUUAAUGCUGAUUGAUGACGAGCUUUAACCUCAUAUUCCAAAAUGCCGGUUAUCUUUGCUCGUGAGGCUCCCAAGCUAUGGAGGAAAGUAUGCGCAGAGACGUCAACUGAAAUUUCGCUUCUUGCCGGGAAUUGGAAGUAUUUUCUUGCUGGUCUCGUUUUUCAGUAUCUUCAUGGACUAGCUGCUCAUGGUGUUCAUUAUUUACAUCGGCCAGGACCGACGCUUCAGGAUGCUGGGUUCUUUUUCCUCCCGGAACUUGGUCAAGACAGAACUUAUCUUAGUGAGACUCUCUUUUCAGUCAUCUUUUUCUCCUUUGUCUUGUGGACUUUUCACCCCUUUGUUUUCCAGUACAAAAAGAUAUAUACAGUUCUGAUAUGGUGCAGAGUAUUUGCUUAUUUAGGCGUCUCUCAAAUGCUCCGGAUUAUAACCUUCUACUCAACUCUGCUUCCUGGUCCAAACUAUCAUUGCCGCGAGGGCUCAAAACUUGCCAGGCUGCCCCCUCCAGAGAGUGCACUUGAAGUGCUCUUAAUCAACUUUCCCCGAGGAGUAAUGUAUGGUUGUGGUGAUUUGAUCUUUUCAUCACAUAUGAUUUUUACCUUAGUAUUUGUGCGCACAUAUCAGAAAUAUGGAACAAAGAGGUGCAUUAAGCAGAUUGCUUGGUUAGUGGCUGUUAUUCAGAGCCUCCUGAUUGUAGCAUCUCGCAAACAUUACACUGUUGACAUUGUUGUUGCCUGGUACACUGUAAAUUUGGUAGUGUUCUUUAUUGACCAAAAAUUGCCAGAAUUGCCUGAUCGGUCUCUUGGUUCUACAUCUCAACAACUGCUACCAAUAAGCAGCAGAGAUAAAGAUAGCAAGAACAGAGAAGAGCUUGACAAAUUCCGGAAUGGAAAUUCUGCCAACAUUACCACUUGAGUCUGGAAAACCAGUUGCGUGGGGUGAAGAAUGGGAGAGGCAUCACAUACAAUACAAGACAAGAGGGCUUAGCAUUAUUCUCAAAGGGCACAGUAACUAGAGGAAGCAAUUUAGGGCUGGCAUGACCCAAUUAUGCAAUUAAUAAUGCUUCUUGUCUCAUGACCCACAAGGACCACCAACCCUUUUGCUUUCCAAAUGCCCUUUCUUUUUUCCCAUGUAUAUUCUCUCUUUUCAUAGGUUGUUGAAGCAUGAUAUUGGAGACAGCGCUUGUUACAUCACAUGCCUCUCUUGCUUGCUUUCCCAUCACUAUCUGAGCAACUGUUUCUUUUCCUUUUUAGCUGCAAGUCUCUUAACUUUUAGUGCCAACAUAAUAUCUAAACUCUGUUCAUCCCUCCCAAUGUCAAACUCAAAUGUAUCAAAAAGAUAGCAAUUAUGUCAUUUGCAUGGACUUCCUCUCUGGGAUGGAUGUUUUGCUGAAAUGGAAAAAGGUAUGUUGCUGCCUCCAGUUCUGGUUUUCUGAGCAACUGUUUUGGGAAAUAAAUAGUACAAGAAAGUAAAAUGGCAAAUCCAUGGAAUUCAAGAGUCUUUGUUUUGGCCUGUGGGUUUUCACAUUCAAAUUUCCCAAAUUCGUCAGUGUCCUGUAGUCUAGCCCUAAACCCUUUUCUCGUAAGUGGAUUCUUAUCUCAUCCUGUUCU